AUGGAACCUCUCAAUGGUAGUCUUCCAGAAGUGAGAGAUCCUUAUGAGACGCUCGGAGUUUCCGAAGGAGCAAAUGCAGCAGAGAUCAAGACCGCUUAUAAGAAGCUCGCCCUAUUACACCACCCAGACAAAGUGCCAGAUGCAAAUAAGAUAUCCGCGCAUACGCGAUUCCAACAGAUUGCCUUUGCCUACGCAGUCCUGUCUGAUGAGCGCCGACGCCGGCGAUAUGACACAACUGGCAGUACUGCCGAGUCCUUGACUAUAGAUGACGAUGAUUUUAACUGGCUGGACUUCUUUCGCACGCAAUGGCAUGAUGCUGUCAACGAUUCAUCCAUCACAACUUUCAAGGAUAAGUACCAGGGUUCCGAAGAAGAGAAACGAGAUGUCCUGGCAGCGUUUCAAAAAUUCGAGGGAAACAUGAACAAAGUCUUUCGAGAUGUUAUGUUGAGUAACCCGCUUGAUGAUGAAGAUAGGUAUCGCAAGUGGAUUGCAGAAGGGAUCGCAAGCGGACACGUACAGAGCUAUCCAAAGUAUGAGAACGAGAGGCCAGCUCAAAGGGAGGCGCGCAGAAAAGUAGCCGAGAAGCAAGCCCGUGAGGCUGAUGCGCACUACACAGAGACUCAGAAGAGUAAGACCGGCAAACACACAGGCGUUGGCGCCGAGAAGGGUGGUAGGACAGAUCUUGCGGCCAUCAUCCAAAGACGACAAAAAGAGAGGGCGACUAAUUUCUUAGAUGACCUGGAGGCUCGAUAUGGGCACCCAAAUGGAGGCCGAAAUGGAGGAAAACCAAUGGAAGAACCUCCGGAAGAGGCCUUUCGAAAGAAUGCCGAGACGAACGUAAAGAAAAGGAAGUCUCCCAUUACAGACUUGGAGGUUGAAGAUGAGGACAUCGAUCUUGAGGAAAAGCUGGACGAGUCCGAAGCAGAUGAUGAUGCGCAAGCGCCGUCUACGAAGACUGGUCAGCGCUCAAAGCGUAGAAAGGAGAACAAGCGUAGGCUCGUGCGGAAGUCGCAAAAGGGGAGGGCAAAGUAG